AUGGCAUCGCCUCUCUUCCCCAAGGAGGAUGUGCCUGCUCUCAAGGCAUGGAUUGUAAAACGUCUUGAAAACACCUCCGAUGCUGAUGCUGAUGUCCUCGGCGAGUACGUCAUCGAACUCCUUAGGCACGAUGGCGAUGCUAAAUCGAUCCGGGAACUGUGCAAGCAGGAAAUACGCGAUUUUCUGAACGAUAACGACUGGGUCUGA